AAAUCCAUCAUGGCGGAAAGAGUGAUUUUGGCGCCACCCGAGGAGAAGUUAGACGAGGUGCGCACUCUCUCGGACGCCCAGACGGUGCUCACUCAGCCCGACCAGGUGCAGGCCAUCGAGAGGACGGUGCUCAUGUGGCUCAAGCAGAUAGAAUCGGUCCUGAUCGAGAUGGAGCAGCUGCGGCAGGAGACAGACGACGCUGGCCCUCAGGACGAGCUGGAGUACUGGAAGCGAAGGAUGGCCAAGUUCAAGUACCUGUCUGAGGAAAUGGAAACGCCACAGGUACGAGGGUCCGUCCUGGUACUUCAGCUCGCGAGAUCCAAAGUCCUGAAGGCUUGGAAGGAAACAGACGCCAGAGUGACCCAGAAUUUGGCCGAAGCGAAGGACAACGUCAAGUUCGUCUACGCCAUUGAAGAAUACUGCCACCCGCUCUAUCUGCACGACCCGCCUGGCAUGACACCCUACAUAAUGAUGCUCUUCAACACUGUCCGGAUGAUACACUCGAUUUCAAGGUAUUACAACACGUCCGAGAAACUGUCAGCUCUUUUGAUUAAGAUCACGAACCAGAUGAUAAGGUCAUGUCAGAUCUACGUGUCAUGUCAAGGCCUCGAGACAAUCUGGUCCCAGCCGAGGAAAGACGUUCGGGAGAAGAUCCAGCACUGUCUGAAACUCAGCUCCACUUAUCGAAACGCUUACCAGAAGACUAAGGAGAAACUGGAAUCCAUCCCGGGCGAGAAACCGUUCAGCUUCAGUGAGCAAUACGUCUUCGGCAAGUUUGAAGCGUUCUGUUGCCGCCUCACCAACAUCUUGGGCCUUUUCGACGAUAUUGACAAGUUCUCUGCGUUCUUCGAGGGACGAGCUGAGUCCUUGCUUCCCAUGGAGACCGGCCUUCGCGAUAUCUUGAAGUCGUGGCAGGAGAUGUGUUCGGAGAUCUCGCGAAAACCGUACGACUACUUGGACUACCGAGACCACCGCUUCGACAACGACCUGGAGGUGUUUGCGGCCAGCGUGAGGGAGCUCCUGCGAAGGAUACACACGAUGGUCGAGAAGGAACACGAGGAAAUAUGGGAGACGCCCAUGGCCAAUAAGAUGCUCGCUAGGUUUGAAAGAAUAGCAGAAGUAGUUCCUAAUCUGGACGUGGAAGGAAAGCUGAAGCGAAUUUUGGCGCGUUUCCACCAAGAGCUCGAGAAAGUGACGCGGAUGUACAACAAACAGUGCGAAAAUCCCCCGCAACUCCGAGGCCUCCCACCUGUAGCAGGAAAGAUCCAGUGGGCACGGAGUUUGUUCCUCCACCUCGAGGAGCCCAUGAUGUUCUUCAAGGACCACCCGGUGCUCCUGAAGCUCCCCGAAGGCAAAGAGGCCGUCAGGAAGUACAACCGCAUCGGCAGGACCCUCGUUCAGUACGAGCUCGCCUACUACGAUGCGUGGAGGAAGCAGAGUAUCAGCGACAUCCAGAAGUCUCUCCGAUGCACUCUCGUGGUCCAGCGCCCAGACACCGAGGAACUCUACGUGAACUGGGACCCGAGAAUCUCCACGCUGCUGCACGAGGCGACGAAGAUCCAGCAGCUGGGUUUCGAGGUUCCUUAUAUGACUCAGCUGCUCUUAAACAGGGCUCCUCUCCUCCUGAAGAAGCGCGAUAUGGUGAAGCACCUUCUGGACGAACAUGAGCGUGUGCUGUCGAAAGUGAACCCGACGGUGGCUCCUUUGCUGGUUCCUCACGUCACGAAGCUGAAAGAAGCACUCGAUCCCCUUCUCACGUCGCUCACUUGGUCGUCUAUACAAGCUCAUAGUUUCUUUGAUCAGGGAUUUGCGGCGAUACAUACCUUUCAGAUACUUAUUGACAGGGUGAAUGACAUCCUCCAGCACCGAAUGGAGGGUGUGCUGGCAGCCAUGACCGGGGUACGUCUUUACAUCCUGCCAGACACGAGUCCCUGGACCCUAGAUCUCUUCGUCCAUAACACUUGGCUCACCUGUUGUCAAGCCGCCCAGGAACUGAACAGCCGGAGCAGAGUGGUCGAAGAUGCUGUCCUGGAGUUGAUCGACCUCGUCCUGAUGGGGGUCGAGAGCGGGCCUGAAGGUCAACACACGUUCCUCACCAUCGAUGACCUAGAUGAUGCUGGUGACCUUGACGAUUCGCGAUCAGUGUCGUCUGCGGGAGGGUCAUCGCGCCGAAGUCCCGUCCCGAUGGCAGAAGGAGGCUUUUCGUCCGUCCUCGAGCUGCCCACGAGACCCCUCACGCCCCGGGAGAAGGCGGCGCGGAAGAAGAAGGAAACCCGGGAAAAAGUGGAAGCCGCGGCGAGGGACCUCCGCAAGACCUACCAUCGGCGCGUGCUGGACGUUCUGGUAAAGUCCGUUCGUGGGGCGCUGGACUCCAUUCGAAAGCAUACGAGUGUGUCAGGCAACCGGUCGCAGGGCGAAAUGAGCAGCCGCGGACACGCCGCAGGUGAGCUGGAAUCCGGCCUGAGCGUCCCCCUGGUGGAGCUGAGCGCGUCCUUGGUGUCCCCGGGUGUCCAGGUGUCCCCGAGCCUCGAGGAAGUGCAGGAAACCAUUAAUAAGGUGGCCAAAAUCAUCCUCUCGACGGCCAAAGGAGUCUCGCAGUGGGUCCGCUGUCGCAAGGAGGAUGCCGGAGAACCACAGCGCCCCGAACUGACUCCCUCCGCGCGCCGCCGGGCCUGGAGGAACCGCAGUGACGUCAUGGAAGUCCCGGCGAUGUCCAAGAACUACUACACGCACGUCCUCGAGAGCAAAGAUGUCUCGAAGGUCAUGAGUCACAUGGCCAAUUCGUUCCAGGCGACGAAGAACGAGGUCCACCACACUUUCGCCGCGUGGGACCGAUAUCACCAUCUGUGGCGGACGGAAAAGGAGCAGGCCAUCCGGGACUUUACGAGCCACUCCCCCUCGCUGCAGGAUUACGAUAGGAAACUCACAAGCUUCGUGAACUUGGAUAAGCAGAUACGACGGGAGCCUUCGCGGUAUCGGGUGGGGGCGCUGGCUAUUAGUACGGACAACCUCAAGAGCGCCCUCGUGAAGGAAACCUCCCUCUGGGUCGACAAGUACGGCGAGGCCCUCAAGACCACCUACAUGAAGGAGAUGGAGCGCCUCUUCGCCCAGCUGAACGAGCUCUCCCGACGCCUCGAACGCCCUCUCAAGGACCUCGACGACAUCAAGAGCGCCAUUGACAUCCUCAGGAAGACUCGGGACUUGGAACUGGAUAUGGAUGAUGCUAUUGAUCCGAUCGAGGAGUCCUUCGGCUUGCUGGUGAAGUACGAGCUCGGACUGACCCAAGAAGAGGCCGAGAGAGUCGACAACUUACGCUUCACUUGGCAAAAGGUUCUCGCACAGGCUGUCGAAGUCCAGAACCUGCUGUCACGCGUCCAGCCUUACUUUAGGAACGAACUCAUCCACAACGUUGCACAAUUCAAGAAAGAUUGCAACAAGUUCGUCCACGACUAUCGAGCUCAGGGGCCGAUGGUGCCUGGACUGGACCCACGUGAUGCUUCUGACAGGCUCAUUAUUGCCCAGAACCGCUUCGAUACCCUGUGGCGAAAACACUCCAGCUAUUCCGUGGGCGAGGAGCUGUUCCGUCUUCCCCGUUCGGAGUUCCCCGAGCUGGGACAGAUCCGCAAGGAACUCAACCUCCUCCAGAAGCUCUAUAAACUCUAUAAUGACGUCAUCGAUCGCGUGAGCUCUUAUUAUGACAUCCCUUGGGGCGAAGUCAACAUCGAGGAUAUCAAUAAUGAAUUAAUGGAGUUCCAAAACAGAUGCCGAAAGCUCCCGAAGGGCCUGAAGGAAUGGCCGGCCUUCAACACCCUCAAGAAGACCAUCGACGACUUCAACGACAUGUGUCCUCUCCUCGAACUCAUGUCCAACAAGGCCAUGAAGCCGCGUCAUUGGCAGCGCAUCGCGGAGGUCAUCAGCAGGCCGCUGGAGGUGGACAGCGACAACUUCUGCCUCAGGAACAUCAUGGACACCCCCUUGCUGCAGUUCAAGGAGGACAUCGAGGACAUCUGCAUAUCAGCCGUGAAAGAGAAGGACAUCGAAGCCAAGCUGAGGAUCGUGACCAACGAGUGGGCCGGACACGACCUCACUUUCUCGACCUUCAAGAACCGAGGGGAGCUCCUGUUGCGCGGGGACACGACGGCCGAGGUCAUCACGCAGCUGGAGGACUCGCUCAUGGUCCUUGGCUCUCUGCUCUCGAACAGGUACAACGCCCCAUUCCGAAAGCAGAUCCAGAAGUGGGUGAGCGAUCUGUCCAACACCAACGAGAUCCUUGAGAGGUGGCUCUUCGUCCAGAAUCUGUGGGUGUAUCUCGAGGCUGUGUUUGUGGGCGGAGACAUUGCCAAACAACUGCCAAAGGAAGCCAAGAGAUUUUAUGUGAUUGACAAGAACUGGCAAAAAAUUAUGGCACGAGCACAUGACAACCCCAACGUAGUGACAUGCUGCGUGGGAGAUGACAUGCUGAAGCAACUGUUGCCAUAUCUGCAAGACCAGCUGGAGGUUUGCCAGAAGAGCCUCUCAGGAUACCUCGAGAAAAAACGGUUGAUGUUCCCGCGCUUCUUCUUCGUCUCGGACCCGGCGCUGCUCGAGAUCCUCGGCCAGGCUUCGGACUCGCACACCAUCCAGGCUCACCUCCUCUCCAUCUUCGACAACACCAAGACCGUCCGUUUCCAUGACCAGGAUUACGACCGAAUAGUUGCUAUUUCGUCGUCGGAGGGAGAGGUUGUGCAGCUCGAGAAGUCAGUCCGCGCCGAAGGGAGUGUGGAACUAUGGCUUAUGAAAUUACUCCAGAUGUCCCAGCAGUCUGUCCACGGGAUCAUCAGGCAAGCUCAUCACGUGAUACAGGACCCGGAUCUAAACGUCCUACGCUUUCUGGAGCAAUUUCCAGCUCAGGUCGGAAUCCUGGGCCUUCAGAUGAUCUGGACACGUGACUCGGAAAUGGCCCUGACGCAGGCCCGAGCCGACCGCCGAGUCAUGCCGGAGAUGAACAACCGUUUCCUCGACCUGCUCAACCUGCUCAUUAACCAGACGACGCGCGACCUGGAACCUGUGCAGAGGACGAAAUACGAGACCCUCAUCACCAUCCACAUCCACCAGAGGGACAUCUUCGAUAGUAUGUGUCGAAACAACGUGCGUUCUGUGAUGGACUUUGAUUGGCUGCGUCAGAGUCGCGUGUAUUUCAGGGAGGAUGUCGAUAAAACGAACAUUGUCCUCACUGACGUCACUUUCCUCUAUCAAAACGAGUUCGUGGGUUGUACGGAGCGACUCGUUAUCACACCUCUGACAGACAGGUGCUACAUCACGCUGGCCCAGGCGCUGAGCAUGAGCAUGGGCGCGUGCCCCACGGGGCCGGCAGGAACGGGCAAGACGGAGACAACCAAGGACAUGGGGAAGACUCUUGGCAAGUAUGUGGUCGUCUUCAACUGCUCGGAUCAGAUGGACUACCGCGGCCUUGGAAGAAUUUAUAAAGGCCUAGCACAGUCGGGGUCAUGGGGCUGCUUCGACGAGUUCAACCGCAUCGCCCUGCCCGUCCUUUCCGUGGCCGCCCAGCAGAUCGCCGUCGUCCACGCCUGCAAGAAAGAGCGUCGGAAAAACUUCACUUUCACGGAUGGUGACACUAUCAACAUGAACCCUGAAUUCGGCAUUUUCCUCACCAUGAACCUGGGCUAUCACGGCAGACAAGAACUCCCGGAGAACCUGAAGAUCCAGUUCCGAAACGUGGCCAUGAUGGUGCCCGACCGACAGAUCAUCAUCAGGGUGAAGCUCGCGUCCUGUGGCUUCCUGGAGAACAUCACCCUCGCGAGAAAGUUCUUCACGUUAUACAAGCUGUGCGAGGAACAGCUGACGAAGCAGGUCCACUACGACUUCGGCCUGAGGAACAUCCUGUCCGUCCUCCGCACUCUAGGGGCCGCGAAGAGAGCCAAUGCCAAGGACUCCGAAUCCACCAUCGUCAUGAGGGUUCUCAGAGAUAUGAAUUUGUCCAAACUGGUUGACGAAGAUGAGCCUCUGUUUAUGUCGCUCAUCGAUGACCUGUUCCCGAGCAUGACGCAGGAGAAAGGUUAUUACAACCAGCUCACAACCACCAUCGCGGACCUCGUCAGUGAGCUCGGCUUGGUGAAUCAUCCGCCAUGGCAGCUCAAGCUCGUUCAGCUCUACGAGACGCAGCGAGUCCGACACGGCAUGAUGACCCUGGGUCCGAGCGGCGCCGGGAAGACCUCCUGUAUCCACGUCCUCAUGCGCGCCCUCACCAAGAUGGGCCAGCCGCACAGAGAGCUGCGGAUGAACCCAAAGGCGAUCACGUCAGCGCAGAUGUUCGGGCGACUGGACGUGGCGACGAACGACUGGACGGAUGGCAUCUUCUCGACCCUCUGGAGGAAGACCCUCAAGGCCAAGAAAGGAGAGCACAUCUGGCUGGUCCUCGAUGGCCCCGUCGACGCCAUCUGGAUCGAGAACCUGAAUUCCGUCCUCGAUGACAACAAGACCCUGACCCUGGCUAACGGCGACCGGAUCCCGAUGUCCCCGUGCUGCAAGGUCAUCUUCGAGCCGGCGAACAUCGACAACGCGUCCCCGUCGACGGUGUCCAGAAAUGGCAUGGUCUACAUGAGUUCCUCCGGCUUGGACUGGGAGCCGCUUCUUCAGGCUUGGCUCCGCACGCGCCCCCACCACGAGCAUUCAGUCAUCACAGACCUGUUCUCUAACAACUUCCUCAAAAUAUUCACUUGGGCCAAACAGAACCUCCAGCUGUGUCUGCCUGUUCUUCAAGUGAACGUUAUCUCGCAGACGACGCGGGUGUUGGAGGGUCUCCUGCCCGACGAGGAACAGGCGCAGAGCCACCACCGUCGAGAUCCAGAUUCCGAGGCCGAGGAAAUUCAGACUGAACAAGCUCCCAUUGAGGAGCACAUCCAACGGCUGUUUGUGUUCUCAAUAAUGUGGAGCAUUGGAGCAUUUAUGGAGUUGCCGGAUCGUGCAAAACUUGAGCAAUAUAUUCGCAAGGAGCAUCAGACUCUGGACCUACCGGAGGGGAGAAGCCCUUCGGAUUCUAUAUUUAACUACAGAGUUGAUGACAACGGCUGGUGGCAGCACUGGGAUACUCGGGUCAGUGAGUACGUCUACCCGGACACAGGCACUCCCGACUACACUUCGAUUCUCGUGCCCAAUGUCGACAAUGUUCGGAUGGACUUCCUCAUACACGUCGUGGCUCAACAAGGAAAGGGCGUGUUAGUGAUCGGCGAGCCAGGGUCAGCCAAGACCGUCACCUUGAACGCCUUCAUGAAGAAAUACAACCCCGAGGACCACCUCUGCCGCAACUUCAACUUCUCCUCGGCCUCCACGCCCCUCUAUUUCCAGAGGACGAUCGAAAGCUACAUAGACAAGAGAAUGGGAAGCACCUACGGGCCCCCAGCUGGCAAGAAGAUGACAGUCUUGAUAGAUGAUCUGAACAUGCCUCACAUCAACAGCUGGGGCGACCAGCCCACCAAUGAGAUCGUGCGCCAGACCAUGGAGAUGGGCGGGUUUUACAGCCUUGAGAAACCGGGUGAUUUUAUUCACAUUGUGGACUUGCAGUUUUUGGCAGCUAUGGGGCACCCAGGCGGCGGCAGGAACGACAUCCCGCCCCGCCUGAAACGCCACUUCUGCAUCUUCAACUCCACCAUCCCGUCCGAGUCCUCCAUCGACAAGAUCUUCGGAGUGAUCGCCCGCGGACACUUCAGCGCCAAGAGGGGCUUCAACCAGGAGAUCCGAGACAUGCUGGAGAGGAUCAUACCGCUCACGAGGAAGCUGUGGGCGCAUACGAAGAGUAAGCUCCUCCCAACACCAGCCAAGUUUCAUUACGUCUUCAACCUCCGUGAUUUGUCGCGCAUCUGGCAGGGGAUGAUCGGUGCCACGGCCAACGUAAUAAGCACCAGUGACACUCUACUGGCUCUCUGGCGCCACGAGUGCUGCCGGGUGAUAGCAGAUCGUUUCACGACACCCAAGGACGUGCGUUGGUUCGAGGACGCGAUGGUGGCGCUGGCGAAGCAGGAACUUGGGCCGAGUCUGACCAAGAAGAUCGCUCAGACGCACUACUUCGUCGAUUUCUUGAGAGACGCCCCAGAACCCACGGGCGACGAGGCUGAAGACCUGGACAUGGAGAUGCCGAAGGUGUACGAGCCCAUCCCGUCCUUCAACGCCCUCGAGCAACGCCUGCAGAUGUUCCUGACGCAGUACAACGAGAUCAUUCGCGGCGCCGGCAUGGAUCUCGUGUUCUUCAAGGACGCUAUGAUCCACCUGACGAAGAUUUCUCGCAUCAUCCGAAACCCGGGAGGCAACGCUCUCCUGGUCGGCGUCGGAGGCUCAGGCAAGCAGUCGCUCACGAAAUUGGCUUCUUUUAUCGCCGGUUAUAAAACUUUCCAAAUUACUCUCACAAGAUCUUACAAUACAACGAAUCUCCUUGAAGACUUGAAAGUUUUGUUCAGGACGUGUGGCAUCCAAGGCAAAGGCACCACGUUCAUUUUCACAGAUCAGGAUGUGAAGGAAGAAGGCUUUUUGGAGUAUCUGAACAAUGUCCUUUCGUCGGGCAUGGUGAGCAACCUGUUCAACCGCGACGAGCAGGACGAGAUCGUGAGCGAGUUGAUCCCCGUCAUGAAGAGGGAGCACCCGCGCCGCCCUCCCACGCCCGAAAACGUCAUGGAUUUCUUCAUUACGCGAACGAGGCAGAAUCUGCACGUUGUCUUGUGCUUUUCUCCGGUCGGAGAGAAAUUCCGGACGCGCGCGCUAAAGUUCCCGGGACUGAUCAGCGGCUGCACGAUCGACUGGUUCCAACCGUGGCCGAAAGAGGCGCUGGUGGCGGUGGCGUCGCACUUCCUCGAGGACUACGAGAUCAUCUGCACGGACGACACGAAGGCCAGUCUGGUCAAGAGCAUGGGCUCCAUCCAUGACAACGUGGCGCAGCUCUGUUCGGAUUACUUUUUGAGAUACCGCCGCGCAGCUCACGUCACCCCGAAGUCCUUCCUGUCCUUCAUCAGCAUCUACAAGAAAAUCUACAACGAAAAGCGCGAGGACAUUGGGGAUUCGGCGGCAAGGAUGACCUCCGGCUUGGACAAACUGCACGAGGCUUCCCAGGCGGUGCAGAGGCUCAGGGAGGAACUCUUCGUGAUGGAGGAGGAACUCGCCGUGGCCUCGGAGAAAGCCGAGAAGAUCUUGGUGGAGGUGACGAGGCGCGCGCGGGAGGCCGAGACCAUCAAGACCGAGGUGGAGAAAGUGCGAGACAAGGCCCAGGCGCUCGUCGACGACAUCGCCAAGGACAAGUCGAUCGCCGAGGAGAAGCUGGAGGCGGCGAGACCGGCGCUGGAGGAGGCCGAGGCGGCGCUCAACACGAUCAAGCCGGCGCAUAUCGCCACAAUCCGCAAACUGGGUCGACCUCCUCACCUCAUCAUGCGAAUCAUGGACUGCGUGUUGCUCCUCUUCCAGCGUCGACUGCAGCCUGUCAGAGGCGACCCUGUGGCAGCCUGUCCCAAACCCUCUUGGCCCGAGAGUCUCAAGAUGAUGGCCAGCACGACCUUCCUCCUGUCGCUGCAGAACUUCCCUAAGGACACGAUCAACGACGAGGUGGUGGAGCUGCUGGAGCCCUACUUCGACAUGGAGGACUACGACAUGGAGACGGCCAAGAGGGUCUGCGGCGACGUGGCGGGGCUCCUGUCGUGGACGCGCGCCAUGGCCUUCUUCUUCGGCGUCAACAAAGAGGUCCUACCGCUUAAGUCCAACCUGGCCCUACAAGAAGCCCGCCUGCGCGUCGCAAUGGCGGACCUGGAGCGCGCGCAGGCCGAACUGGACGAGAAGGAACGCGAACUGGACGUGGUGCGCGGCCAGUACCAAGUGGCUCUGGCUGAGAAACAGAAGCUGAUCGAUGCCGCCGACGUCUGCAGGAGGAAGAUGCAGGCAGCGGCCACCCUCAUCAACGGCCUGGCUGGGGAGAAAGUUCGCUGGACGGAACAGAGUAAAGCUUUUCGGGAACAGCUGGGGCGCCUGGUGGGGGACGUCCUGGUGACCACGGCCUUCCUCUCCUACGCCGGGCCCUUCAACCAGGAGUACAGGACCAGGAUGGCGACCAGCUGGCGGGAGAUGCUGGACACGCGGAAGAUACCCUACACCGCCGCUCUGGAUAUCACGACGUGGCUUGUCGAUAAUGCCACUGUCUCAGAGUGGAAUCUACAAGGCCUCCCUAACGAUGAACUGAGCAUCCAGAACGGCAUCAUAGUCAGCAAGGCUUCCUGCUACCCUCUGCUCAUAGAUCCUCAAGGACAGGGGAAAAUCUGGAUCAAAAAUCGAGAAUCUUCGAAUGAGCUGCAGAUUUCUUCGCUGAACCACAAGUACUUCCGGACGCACCUCGAGGACUCGCUGUCUCUCGGGCGGCCGCUGCUGAUCGAGGACGUCGCGGAGGAGCUGGACCCCGUCUUGGACAACCUCCUCGAGAGAAACUUCAUCAAGUCAGGCUCGAUACUGAAGGUUCUGGUCGGUGACAAGGAGUGUGACGUGAUGCCCGGUUUCAUGCUCUACAUCACGACGAAGCUCCCUAACCCAGCCUACACACCGGAGAUCUCGGCGAAGACUUCGAUCAUUGACUUCACGGUCACGGUUCACGGCUUGGAGGACCAGCUGUUGGGCCGAGUGAUUCGCACGGAGAAGAGCGACCUGGAGAACGAGCGCGUGGCUUUGAUCGAGGAGGUGAUGGAGAACAAGAGGAGGAUGAAGGAACUCGAGGAUAACCUUCUGUAUCGUCUUACUUCGGUCAAGGGCUCCUUGGUGGACGACGAAGACCUGAUCAUGGUGCUGCAAGACACGAAGUCAACCGCGCAGGACGUGAGCACCAAGUUGCAAAUUGCAUCGGAGACGGAGAGGAAGAUCAACGGAGCUCGGGAGGAGUAUCGUCCUGUGGCAACUCGCGGUUCGAUCCUCUAUUUCCUCAUCACUGACAUGGCGGCGGUCAACUGCAUGUACCAGACCUCCCUCAGGCAGUUCCUGGUGCUCUUCGAUAUGUCCAUGACGAAAUCAGACCGAAGUAACUUGUCCAAAGCGCGGAUCAACAACAUCAUCAAGUACCUGACGUUACAAGUGUGGCGGAAUGCCUGCCGGGGCUUCUACGAGAGGCAUAAGUUCCUCUUCACGCUCCUGCUGGCGAUGAAGAUUGAUCUGCAGUCGGGUCACAUCGGGCACAAUGAGUUUAUGAAGUUUAUUAAGGGCGGAGCUUCCCUGGACCUGAAGGCAGUGCAGCCCAAGCCCUUCCGCUGGAUCCUCGACAUCACGUGGCUCAACCUGGUCGAGCUCAGCAAGCUCCCGCAGUUUAUCAACAUCCUCAGCCAGAUCACGGAGAGCGAGCGAGACUGGAAGCAGUGGUUCGAGAAGGAAAAACCGGAGGAGGAGGAGCUGCCUUGUGGUUACUCGCGGUCCCUCGACAUGUUUCGACAGCUGCUUCUGCUUCGCUCCUGGUGUCCGGAUCGCACGCUGUCGCAGGCCCGCAGAUACAUACGAAGUUCUCUCGGAGAACAGUUCGCUGACAGUGUUAUCCUGGACCUCGAAUCCACGUGGGAGGAAUCGGACAACCGAAUCCCCCUCGUGUGCUUCCUGUCCCAGGGUUCGGAUCCGUCCGUUCAGAUCGAGACUUUGGCGAAGGCUAAAGAAAUGGAAAUCCGGUCGAUCUCCAUGGGCCAAGGGCAGGAGGCGCAUGCACGGAGGCUGCUGACGGAGGCCAUGACAACCGGGAAGUGGCUCCUGCUGCAGAACUGCCAUCUCAGCCUCGACUUCUGCCAGGAAAUGCUCGACACGAUCACCGAGUCGGAGAGCAUUCACAAGACGUUCCGGUUAUGGAUCACCACAGAGUUCCAUCAGUCGUUCCCCAUCGGGCUUCUGCAGAUUUCCAUCAAGUUCACCAACGAACCUCCACAGGGAAUCCGCGCCAGUCUGAAGAGGACGUACGGAGAUGUCUCACAGGACCUGCUAGACUACUCCAACGCCCACCAGUGGCCGCGACUCCUCUACGCCACCGCCUUCCUCCACACGGUGGUCCAGGAACGAAGGAAGUACGGCGCCCUCGGCUGGAACAUCCCCUACGAGUUCAACCAGGCGGACUUCCAAGCCUCUGUACAGUUUAUCCAGAACCACCUCGACGACAUGGAUCCGAAGAAGGGCGUGUCUUGGGUUACCCUGUGUUACAUGCUUGGAGAAAUUCAAUAUGGCGGUCGAGUCACGGAGGAUUUUGACAAGAGACUUUUACUCACCUUCCUCCAUGUCUGGUUUAACGAGCGACUUCUGACUUCCGAAUUCAAGUUCUACCAAGGUUACGGUCUGCCUUCGUGCAAAUGCCAAGCGGAGUACCUGGAAUUCAUUAACCUGCUUCCGAUCACCGAUUCUCCGGAAGUUUUUGGCCUCCAUCCCAACGCUGACAUUACCUACCAGAUCAACACCGCUAAGAGCAUCUUGGACACCAUCUUAAGCAUGCAGCCCAAGGAAGGGGGGCAGAGAGGGGGAGAGACGAGAGAGGCUGUGGUUUCGAAACUUGCCAACGACAUGAUUGCCAAACUACCGAAAGACUAUAUUCAACAUGAGAUUCGCGAGGCCCUGCAGCGGAUGGGAGCCAUAUUGCCCAUGAACAUCUUUUUACGACAAGAACUCGAUCGGAUGUUGAAGGUCCUGAAGGUCGUCCGACAAACGCUGAACGACCUCCUCUUGGCCAUCGAGGGAACCAUCAUCAUGAGUCCGUCCUUGAAAGAGAUGCUCGACGCCAUGUACGAUGCUCGGAUACCUGACAAGUGGCGCAAGGUGUCGUGGGAAUCGAGUACCCUCGGGUUCUGGUUCACGGAGCUCCUGGAGAGAGAUCUGCAGUUCCGUCGUUGGUACGUCCACGGGAGGCCGAAAGCUUUUUGGAUCACUGGCUUCUUCAACCCGCAAGGAUUCCUUACCGCUAUGAGACAGGAGGUGACGCGCCAACACAAGGGAUGGUCGCUGGAUUGCGUCAUCCUGCAGAAUCUCGUAACACGUUUCAACCGCGAAGACAUACACGAGCCACCUCCCGAAGGCGUGUAUGUCUAUGGCCUGUUCUUGGAGGGCGCGUCUUGGGACCGAAAGCAAGGGAAACUUAUGGAAUCGAGAGCAAAGGUACUGUACGAACCAAUGCCAGUGAUCUACUUAUACGCCGUCAAUACCACGAGCGGAAAGGAUCCGAACCUCUAUGAAUGCCCCAUAUACAGGAAACCACAACGCACUGAUGCCACUUACAUAGGAUCAAUAGACUUGGAGACCAUGGACUUCCCUCCUUCCCACUGGACUCUCAGAGGCGUGGCGCUGCUCUGUGAUAUCAAAUAAUUGUGACUUAUUUUGUAAACAUGUUCGAUGAUUAUUACUAUAUCCGUCCAUCUGAAUGAAGAAAAAUAGAUAAUUGCGAUUUGAAUUGAUAUGUGCGUGUAAUUCUGAACUGUUUAUUAUUUUCUAAGACUAGACUGAUAAAGAAUGUAUUUAAACGUCCCAACAACCUAAGUAUUUAAUCGUAUAUGCCUAGGUACUGAUCAUACCUACUUUUAUUCAUAUUCAAUUAAAUAUAAAUGUACUUGUUUUAUUUCAAUAGGCUUCUUGUAAUAUAAAAUAAUAUCCAAUUUUCUAUCAAAAUUGAUAUCAAACGUUUUAGAUUGUGUGUCCAUUCUCCUAAAUACUUAAUAAAUCCUAUAAAUUGUUACACCACGGCUAAAUUCAGCUAUUAAGGCCAAAAAAAUCUUUACUGAAUUGUAGGAAAACUUCAGCCUCGGGAAAGACAAUUAAAAUAAAUUAUAGUAAGCACUGCCUGUCAGCUCCCGAGUAAAUUCAUUGCUUGUGGUUUGGCAAUAGCAUUGAUGUCUUCCUUCCUCAUGUGAAAAUAUUGUAUUAAUGAUAUUUCACUGUAUUUUUCUUCUUAAUUUUUUGUAAGAGUAAUUACAAAAUAUCGUGUAUUGUUUAAAGUCCUUACGUAUUAAGGACACAUAUUCCUGUAUCCAUUUUCUCAAAUUACA